AUGACCUUGCACAUCAGGUUACUUGGUACAUUGGAUGAGCUGGCACAUCAGCUUUCUGGCAUCUUGGCAUCUUCUUCACCAGUUGGCAUGGCAACAACUCAGACAUUAACUUCUUUGGUUACAGGAAGUGCCAAUUUUACUGUAGCAGCACCUGUACAACAUCUAGAUGAACCAAAAUUACAACUUACAAGAUCAGAAAAAAGAAUGGAUUCCUUCAAAAUCGAAAUAGAUGGAAAGGAUGAUGAUGUGUUCGAAAAUUAUUAUAGUGUUAUCAAGAGUGGUAAAAAAAAAAUAACUGUGCCUAUCAGUUAUUACUUACAUUUUAACACUCAAGAAUGUUAUGCAGCUAUGGAUUAUAAGAAGAUAUAUGCAAUAGUUCUACAUGUUGACACUAGUAGUAAUUACUCGCAGAUAAAAGAUCUCCAUAUACCAUGCCUUAAUUGGUCAAGCUCAGGCAAACCGGAUACAAAGUGCAAGCAGGUGACCUUUGAGUUUUGUCCUAAUGAACCAAUGCCAUCUAUUUUUAGUUCCAGUGUUAUCUUCAGCAAUGAAAAAGGCAAGACUUGCAGCACUCAGUUGGAUAAUAUAGUCCUCAAGUUUGAAGACAUUUUUCUACCACUUCCUGGUCUACAAGCCAUCAGUAAAACCCAACUGUUUGAAAGACUCUGGCAUUACAUUCACCAGCAGCAAAAAAUGAGUGACACUGACUGCAGAGAAUCUGUGUGCUGUCUCAAUAUCGGUGAAGAAAUGUUUGUUACCAUAGUGAUAGGAAAUUUCCACCCAUUCCUCCUGAAGAAGUACUCAAAGCAAGGUAUAUAUAUGAAAGGUUAA